UAGAAAUUACGUUAUGUCCAAAAAAGUUAACACUGAUAACCUGUAUAAAGAAUGGUUGGAAACAGCUCAAUUGAUUGAUCCACAGUAUGAUUAUUUCUCUUUUGCCCAGCUAUGCAACGAAAAUAAUUGCACAACAAACAUUUAUUAUAUGACUUUACUAACUAAGGUGAAAGACGAUCCUGGAAAUCGUGGAGCUAUCAAAGCAUUAAAUCAAUUUCAUAAACGUGAAAAUGAACAAUCGUCUUUUGGAAGAGAAUUUUGUGAAUAUUGGAUAAGACGUGAAACCUCUGAAGCAACUACAAAGGUCCUGAAAAGAAGGUUGGAAACCUUUGUCCAACUGAAUGAAGAUACCUGUGAAGGAAUUGAAGCCAUAUCAAAAAAUGUACUUCUUCUUUGUGUGUUUGUUUCGCAUAAAACCUUUUGUAUUAACUAUUUAUAUUGAUGCAGGUGCACAUAAAGGCUAAUUAUCACAACGCAGGAGGCAGGUCCGGUAGUCAUGAUUGACGUGUUUGGUGAGAUAAUAAAUACAAUACUCGAUUACGUACAACCAGGUAGAGAAUACAUUCGACCACGGUCUAUCUAUAUUGCAUCUAAUAUAGGUUAUGUACAAGAAUACAACAAGAUAGAGGAUUGAAGUGUAACACAAGAAGCCUCUGAACCUGAAAUUAGUGACUAGCAUACGCGUCCUCAAAUAAUAGAAUUCCCAUUAAACCUCACAGACAAAUACAACAAUGAUGACCAGA